AUAAAAUUAUAUGAAAUGCGAGGGUUAAAAAUUCAUUGCUAAAAUUUAUAUAUUUGCUGGAUGUCUCCAUCAUAAGUAGAUUUUGUUAAUUGGAAACCCUAAAUCUCUGCUGUUUGUGAAUUGAAUUGAACUGUGAGAAUAAUUUUUUUGGUAGAAUGUUUUCGUGGAAUUUAGCGAGGUCUGCGGAGACGUUGUUCUCGCGUUGGGCAAUUAAAAGUUUUUGUAAUUUUUUGUUGAAGAAGAAAUUGGGGAAAUUUAUACUUGGUGUUAUUGAUCCUAAUCAGCUCGUUGUUCAGCUUAGUGCUGGUACAAUUCAGCUGUCUAAUCUUGCUCUCAAUGUUGAUUAUCUCAAUCAAAAGGUUGUUUUGUUCACCAACUUAAGAUGUGAUUUUAUGUUCAUUGAGCUGGACUCCGAGGAUAUGGGAUGCUUUGUUUCGAUGCCACAGGAGACUGGUGGGAAUAAAAGGCCAGGAAACAUUGGCAAGGUGUCUGUAUUUGUUCUAGGAUUGCGUAUUCCUAAGCCAGUUGAUUUCUCUCUUGCACUUGGUGAUCACUUGUCGAAAACCCUGGUGGAGUGCCUUUCCGUUCUCAGAACCAGAAUAGUCAUUAUGGCAGGGCAGGAAGCUCCCACAAUUACAAGGUCAAGAAGGAAAGUUGCUACUCAGCAUGGCUCUAGAAGAUUAUUUGCCUGUUCUUUUGGGACUAGUUACGAUGGUAGCAUAUUACAGCAUAAAGUGCAAUUUAUUUGGGUCAAUCAAGAGGAUGAUGCAGAGGUCAAACUAGAAAUAUGUUUUCCUUUUUGCUUUCUUUUCAUGUUAACUGUUCUAUUUGUUUUUUCCACUAUGAGGGAGAAUUAUAUUAUUUGUCAAAAAAUUUAGGAACUGCAAUGUUUAGUGCUUGGUAUGAAGUACUGUCCAUUUUGCACUUGAUGGCAACGCUAUCGUUAUCACUAGCUAAGUUGCUGUUUCUUCCUAGAACAUCUCUUGAUGGUUAUUCCCCAAAGGUAUCUGAAGGUGGGUGUUUUCCCCAUGUUUAACGUUGCAGAUCUCGUAAAUGUCUUGACGUGUUCUUUUAAUUUAUAACACUUGUUUCUUGGUAAAGCCUCUAAAUUGAUCUUUCUAUUUCCUCGUUUUGAUCUUUCUAUUUCCUACUGGAUAUCUUGAUUGUGCGGUUCGAAAUGUUCUUCCCCAGUUACGGCCGAACAAAGGUUUUUAUACUAACGUAAUUCCAAUCCAUGGCCUGCCAGGAGUUAGAUUUUCACUAUUAUUUGCUUUGUAUUUAGGAGAAAUCUUCCAGUAGACCUCGCUGAAGGAGUUCUGCGAGCAUUGUGCCUCCAAGCACUAGGGCAG